AUGAGUGAUGAAAUAGUCUUAAACGAAAAAUUGGAGGAAUUGAAAAAUUUGAUUUACCUUGAUGACAGUGCAUUUAAGCACCUAGAUUUUGUGAAGGUUCCAUGUAUACCUUUAUGUGUUUUGCCUGGCUUGUCAUUUUUGUGUGCAAGGGCAUUUGAAGAAUAUAAAAAUGGAUAUAGAACUGAUGAGAUAAAUGAAAGCGAUGAGAUUAUGGUCGAAUAUUUUUAUGCAAAAAGAUUAUAUAAAAAUAGCUUAGUAAAAAUAAAAUUCCCUGAGUAUUAUGACAUGGCAGGAGCACUACUGUCAGAUGCGACUGCAGCAUGUGUAGGAAAUCUGACUCCCUUUUAUUUUGAGCUAGGAAAUGAACUAUGCGAACUACUACCACAGGAUGAAUGGCCUGUCGAGAAACUAGAAGAAUUAUUAUUAUUAGCUGAGACAAGGAGAAGAGUUUAUUUAAUUAAACACAAUGAUCAAGUAGAUCAAACAUACUUGGAAGGAAUGACAUUUAUGGAAAAAAAAAUGUUUAACUCCUUUUCGCUCGGAUCCGAUGUGGACAAGAAAAGAGCUACACUUAAUAGACAAAUUUUUAAUUUUUUCGAAUAUGAUAUAUAA